CGAAAUUGAUCACUCUGCCCCGUAUGAACAGUCAAGGCACUCUCCGACUACCAAUAGUUCUCUUGUCUACGCAUUGACAGGGCUACCCGAUGCCCAAAAUUCAAUCUAGCGGCCGGGAAUGGAUGAUCGUCACUAAUGGGUCCCCUAGCGGAACGCCGGGGAACAAUCCUGAUCUCAAUAGUGAACCUGCUAGUUAUCUGAUUCAGGAACAGUGUUGCUUGGUUUCUCCAAAUUCACACCCAUUCUGCAUCUACUGUAUUUGUAUGAAAGUCGGAAAGCCUUGUUCGGUGCAGAUUGACCAAGAGUCAAGAUAACACGAGUGUUCCAAUGGAGACAAGGGCCCGAUGAUAUGCAUGCAUCAUCGCUACCUCAUGGCACUAGAGUCGAAAUUCACAGUGGGUCUUUCUCGGUUGGCGCUUGACAGAUGUAACUCUGCCCGAAAAAGUCUUAAAUCCGCUUUUCGGGGUAGUGAUAUUGUGCUAUUGUAGUGCUAAGCAGAUAGUCAAAGAGAGUAGGAGUG